CAUACGCCACCAUGUCGUCGUGGUGGGGAUCAGAUCCCUUCGUCGACUUGGUCGCAAAGGCGACGUCCGAGCUGCUACCAGCAGGGCAAGAGGACAUCGCCUUGAAUCUCGAAAUCUGUGACAAGGUGCGAGCCAAGCAGGUGCCACCAAAGGCUGCCAUGCAGGCCAUCAAGAAGCGCAUCAGCGACGCCAACCCCAACGUAGUCCUCCUCGCACUCGGACUCACCGACAUCUGCAUCAAGAAUGGUGGCGAUCACUUCCUUGAGGAGGUGGCAUCGCGCGAAUUCAUGGACAACUUGACAUCGAUCCUCAAGAGACCCGCAGGCGUUAAUCACGAUGUCAAGGCAAAGGCGCUGCGUUUGAUCCAAGACUGGGCACAAGUAGCUGAAGCCAAGCCUGCGCAGAUGGGAUACAUCACUCAGGUUUACCGCUCCCUCAAGCUUGAAGGAUUCGACUUCCCCGCCACCUCUGGCCAGGCAUCCGCCGCCUUCGUGGAGACGCUCACCGCUCCCGAAUGGGUUGAUGGCGACGUCUGCAUGCGAUGUCGUACUGCCUUUACCACCUUCAAUCGCAAGCAUCACUGCAGAAAUUGCGGCAACGUCUUCUGUCAGCAAUGCUCUUCGCACAACAUGAGCUUGCCUUGGUACGGCGUCGGGCAGGACGUCCGUGUAUGCGAUGGAUGCUUCAAUAAGAGAGCUCCACCAAAGAUUCCCGCAGGUGGCAACAAGCUGCAGAGGUCAUCGACUACGACGGUUGUGCCAACGGGGCGAGGAGGAGCGGCCGCACAGCGCUCAAACACAACUGGGGCAAAGGCAUCGAGUAGCAGACGGAACAAGAGGGAGGACGACGACCUCGCCCUUGCCAUCAAGCUGUCAUUGCAGGAUGCGCCAAGCGGGAGCAGAGCAGGUGCUGCAAGCUACUCAGAGCCAUCGCAGCCUCGCGCCACUCGUCAGCCCAAUGGCCGGAUGCUCGAGGGGACAGACGCAGACGAUGACCCAGACCUCGCAGCGGCCAUCGCCGCCAGUCUCCGCGACUACGCUCCACCGCAGCCCAGCGCGCCAGUGGGGCUUGAUGAACCUUCAACUCCCUCAAUGGCUCCCACCCAGCCGGAACCGUCCUCUUCCUCAUCUCACUCCAACUUGCCCCUUCCUCCCUCGCUCGAUCUACCCCCGCAAGACGUCGACUCCCUCCUCACAUUUUCUCAAAGCGUCGCAGCCCAGGACGCACAGGCGCGGCACUACGGUACCGCGCCUGCGCCGGACCACGCAACGCAGGCACUCUACGAUAGGGCCACUGCUGCGAGACCCAAAAUGGCGCGUAGUCUGGACGAGGCUGGAAGGAGACAAGGGGUGUUGAUGUCUAUGCAUGACAAGUUGAGCGAGGCCGUCAGGCUUUAUGAUCGGCUGUUGGACGCUCAGAUGGCCAGGCCGGCGGGAGUGCAGUACGGAUACGCACCUCCGCCGGGUCAGCGAGCGCAGACGGGUAGCCCUGAUCCAUUCCCUCGUCAGCAUUAUGCGCAACAUCCUCAAUACUACGGCCAACAGCAGCAGCAAUAUCCUGCUCAAAGCGCAUACGGGUACGGCUAUGCGGCUCAGGGACCAAGCGGCUAUCAUGAGCAGGCGGCGCACCAGCAACAACAACAACAACAACAAUACCAGCCGCAGACUCCUGGAGCCAUGCCUAAUGGGGUCGGCACCUCCUCGCUCUACCCCUCUUUCCCACCUGCGGCCUCCACGCAGCCUCAGCAGCAGCUGCAUCAGCCGCCGUACCCUCAAGAGCCCCAGCUGACUGGCGCAUCAUCGCAGCAAGGACCCUAUGGGGCAGACGCGCCUCCGCUCAGCCCUUCUGCCUCGCUGCAUGGUAGCGAAGCAUACGCCGCGUACCAUCCCCCGCAUGGCCAGCAGCAGCAGCAGCAGCAGCACAACUACUACGCGACACACGAAUAUCAACAGCAGCAGGCCAGUCACGCCCCCGCGCAGCCAUUCUCGCCCGCUCAAACGAAUGGUGCUCCCACUGGACCAGUGGCCGGGCUGAACCAGUUCGAGCAACUAAUGUCCCCUUCCGCCUCCUCGUCCGGAGCAGCAGCCGCUCCAGGCAUGGGCUCACCACAGCAAGCCCGCACACCUGCUGCUACCAUGCCGCAGCGUCGCCCCUCCGGUCAGGCAGGAGUGGGAGCGCAUGGCGGGACGACUUCCGCAGCAGAUGGGCUAGCGAUGGGCGGGGCGAGUAAGCUUUUCCCUAGCGUGCCGACGAACGACUUUGCAGCGUCCUCUUCCCCAUGGACUCCGAAUCAGCCGGGCCAGCAGGAGUAUCAGCAACAGCAGCAGAGACAGAAUCAGGUUGUGCAAGAGGCACCUGCACUGAUCGAGCUCUAAGCUGAGCAGUGAUGGCGGACCCUAGGCGGACACGCUUUCUGUUUGGUCUAGUCGAUGCUCUUUCCCGUCCCUCCUUUUGAGUCUGCGCCCUCCAUACCUUACUGGCGCACGGCACUUUGAUGCGAGACGAUGCCUCUUCACGACACGAUGCAAUGUAAAUCUUCUUAUGAGCAUUGAAUUGAGGUCCUCUCGCAGAGGCCUUUGUUCCUCUCCCCAUCCUGCCUUCCUUUCCUACCUCCCCUCCCAACUGACCAAGCUCAAGCCAUGCCUUUCCAACGCCCGACUCAACGAAUGAACGCAUCCAACCUCGUGAGCUGAGCAAACA